AUGAAUAAAAUUCCGAGCCGGAGGAGAGACGACGAUGAGGAGCCAGCGGAGGAACUACACCGCCAACGAGAUCGCCGCUCGACCACGACGAGUGAGAAUGACGAUCCCGUGAAGCAGCGCCGGGGCGGCGGCGGCCCGAGGAAGGGACACACCAAGUCGCGGAACGGGUGCAUCGGGUGCAAGAGGCGGCGGGUCAAGUGCUCGGAGCGGCGGCCCGAGUGUGAGGGGUGUCUAAGGAUGGGGCUUGUUUGCGAGUGGGCGUGGCCUGCGAAGAGGCACCUGGAGGCGAGUUCUGGGAGGAGACGGAUGGUGACGAGGGGGGCGGGGGAAAGUAGUAGUGGCGACGGUGAGGAUGAGGAGAGGGAGACGGUGAUGGUGAUGGAUCCGCGGCCUGUAUUUGGGAUGGAGGACUUGCGGUUCUUUCAGCACUUUGUGCUGGAUGCCAUCCCACCUUUGCCUGUCGGGGGAGGAGAGGUCUGGAGGGGUGUCGCGAGGAUGGCGCAUGAGGUGAGUUUUGUGUGCUUCUCCAGGUGA